AUGGACGCUGAUCAUCAUGGGUCCGCCAACUUGGAAGGGUUCAACCUUCUUCUUCCGCUCCCGUAUCGAGUUGCGGUGAUUCUGGUCGCAGGUGUAUGGGGAUGGGGGUUGAACCUACAUUAUCUGUCCCUAGUUAAAAUCGACGUCCCCGCUCUCAUCCGCUAUCCCUCGCGCUCAUCCAGCGGUAGCGUCUCCGUCUACAAAUCCACCUACCACCUCGCGACCCUCCUCUCGAUCCCGCUCGUCCUCUCCCUUGCCCUUUUCUGGACCAUCACCCGCCGAUCCCCCGAGCUGGUUCUCGCAUGGGAAAUCCUACCACAGUCCUACCUCUUCAUCUUCGCCGCGCUGCUCUUUCUCCCUCUGCACCAUCUCUCGCGCACCGGCCGGCAUCGACUGCUCGUCACGCUGAAGCGCGUGAGCCUGGGCGGGCUCGCGGAGGCGCAGGACGGGAAGUUCGGCGAUAUCAUAUUCGCUGAUGUACUGACGAGCUAUGCGAAGGUGUUCGGGGAUCUGUUUGUGAGCUUCUGCAUGUUUUUUGCGUCGGGCGUGUCGAGUACGGGUAUCCCGGACCGGGCGUGCGGCGGGCAUCUGGCGGUCCCGUUGCUUGUUUCUGUGCCGAGCAUUAUCCGCCUUCGGCAGUGUUUGAUUGAGUAUUACCGGGUGCAGAAGCGCGGAGUUGCGAGCGUCGAUGGCUGGGGCGGACAACAUCUUGCGAAUGCUUUGAAAUAUGCGAGUGCGUUUCCGGUGAUUAUAUUGACUGCAUUACAACACAGUUACGAUCCGUCGAACGUCGGCAUGAGCGAAGCCGGCCUCCAUAAACUAUGGAUCCUAUUCGCCCUCAUCCACUCCUUUUUCACCUUCUACUGGGACGUCGCCAAGGACUGGGACCUGCCCCUUUUCUCCGACCUCCUCACGCAAUUCCGGCGCAACCCCUACCACCUCGUGACCUCGCAGCCCGAUCUCAGCCUGGACGAAUGCGACCCGCGCCCGUUCGGCCUGCGCCGCCACCGCUUCUUCCACGCCAACAAGCUCUACUACGCCGCCAUCGCGAUCGACUGCGUGCUGCGGUUUACGUGGCUGUCGCGGCUGACCGUGCGGCUGAACUGGAUGAACGAUCUGGAGAGCGGCGUGUUUGUGGUGAUGGUUUUGGAGGUUGCGAGGCGCUGGAUGUGGAUAUUUUUGCGGGUGGAGACCGAGUGGGUUCGGAGCACGCAGGGUCCUGCACCGGACGAUAUUCUCCUAGGGGAAUUUACGCCGAAAAUAGACGAGGAUUGA